CUACCCACGUGCCUUUGCUUAUUACUACUUUCUCUCUCUCUCCCCCCUCCCCACCUCCCACCAUAUAAAAGCACCUCCCUCUCUACAUUCCACUACCAUAGCUUCUUCUUCUUCUUCUUCUUCUUCUUCAUAUCCAGCAACACAUGCAACAAUGGCUACAAGGAAGCACAACAAGCUAUCGCAAGCUGCAGCACUAAAGCAGAUGCUGAAGCGCCUCGGUCGGAGACAGUCGCAGCAGCACGACGACCACAACGUUGACGACGACGACGACGAUGACGACUACGAAGCAGAAGACCGGAAGCUGCCCCUCGACGUGCCCAAGGGCCACUUUGCGGUGUACGUCGGCGAGCGCCGGAGCCGCUACAUUGUGCCCAUCUCCUACCUGGCCCGCCCGGAGUUCCAGUCGCUGCUCCGGCGGGCCGAGGAGGAGUUCGGCUUCCACCACGACACCAAGCUCACCAUCCCCUGUGAGGAGGUCGUCUUCCGAUCCCUCCUCACUUCAACUUCACAAUGAUAAAAAGAGAGAGACAUAUAUAUCUAUACAUACCAUAUAUAUAUAUAUAUAUAUAGCUAGACUGGUACACUAUCAGUAGCAAGGAGGUCUCUGUGCUAUCAAGUUAUUUUCAAUUAUGCAGUUUCUAAAUCGACGAUCGGCUCCGUUAGAUUUGAUCUACGCUAUUAAAAGUAUUUCAAAACUAAAUUUCAUAAUUUUUUAUCUCUCUAUAUGUCACUGUGUCUAUUAGUUCCUUUUUUACCAUGAGAAUUUUCAUGGGUUUUAAUUCUGUAUAUAUAGAGAGUAAUUAAUUGUAUAAUGUAAUGUGAGUGGCGUUUGUAGAGAAAUGCCCUGUAAGAGUUGAUCGAUUGAUUAGUUAAUUAAUUUGAGGAAAGAAAUUAAGAUUAGAAUUAUGUA